CAAUCAGAGCCGUGCGCUUUCCCCGGCUCCUCCAUUCGCCGGCGCAGAGCGUCAGGAGGAGGCAGGCCUAGCAAUAGGCGGCGGCCUAUGCCGAGCAGGGUGCAACAUUCCACUGUUCACUUGGUCUGAUGAUUGAGCAGAAGUGAUGAUGGUCCUCAUCCCCAGGAUCAGCAGGCACUGGGAGCAGCUGUGAUUAUAGAAUUCUUCUGUGAUUUAUCCAAGGCCCUUCCAUGCAGACUUUAUUUAUGGUCUGCAUUAUGUCUGGAGCCAGCAGUCGGCUUGCUCUUUUCCUCUGUGGCUGUUACGUGGCUGCCCUGGGAGUCCACGCCGAGGAGCCGUGCGUGGCCGAAACCCAGGAAGCUGAACACUACGUGGCUGCCGUGUACGAGCACCAGUUGAUUCUGACUCCCAACCCUCUGGCUCUCGUGAGCCGCAAGCAGGCCUUGGAGCUAAUGAACCAGAACCUCGACAUCUAUGAACAGCAAGUGAUGAUCGCAGCCCAAAAGGGUGUACAGAUUAUCGUGUUUCCAGAAGACGGCAUUCAUGGAUUCAACUUUACAAGAACAUCUGUUUACCCAUUUUUGGACUUCAUGCCUUCUCCCCGACUGGUCAGGUGGAACCCAUGCCUGGAGCCCCACCGAUUCAGUGACACAGAGGUCCUCCAGCGCCUGAGCUGUAUGGCUGUCAAAGGAGAUAUGUUCCUGGUGGCCAAUCUUGGGACAAAACAGCCUUGUCAGAGCAAUGAUCCAGGGUGCCCAAAUGAUGGAAGAUACCAGUUUAACACCAAUGUCGUGUUCAGCAAUAAUGGAACCCUUGUUGAUCGCUACCGCAAACACAACCUCUACUUUGAGGCAGCUUUUGAUGCCCCUCUCAAAGUGGAUCACGUCAUCUUUGAUACCCCCUUCGCCGGCAAAUUUGGCAUCUUCACCUGCUUUGAUAUAUUGUUCUUUGACCCUGCCAUUAGGCUCCUCAGAGACUCUGAGGUGAAGCACGUUGUGUAUCCAGCUGCCUGGAUGAACCAGCUUCCACUCUUGGCAGCCAUUCAGAUUCAGAGGGCUUUUGCCAUUGCGUUUGGCAUCAACUUUCUAGCUGCUAACAUCCACCACCCAUCUCUAGGGAUGACAGGAAGUGGUAUACACAGCCCCCUGAAGUCCUUUUGGCACCAUGACAUGGAAACCUCCAGAGGUCAUCUUAUAAUUGCUCAAGUAGCUAAAAAUCCACUGGGUCUCACUGGUACAGAGAAUGCCACAGGUAAAACGGACCCAUCCCAUAGUAAGUUUUUAGAAAUCUUGGCAGGUGAUCCAUACUGUGAAAAGGAUGCUCAGGAAGUCCACUGUGAUGGAGCUACCAAAUGGAAUGUGAACACUCCUCCGAUAUUUCACUCUGAGAUGAUGUAUGACAAUUUCACCCUGGUCCCUGUGUGGGGAAAGGAAGGCUACCUCCGUGUCUGUGCAAAUGGCCUUUGCUGUUAUUUACUUUACAAGAGGCCCACUGUGUCCAAAGAGCUGUAUGCCCUGGGGGUCUUUGAUGGUCUUCACACCGUGCACGGCACUUACUACGUUCAAGCUUGCGCCCUGGUCAAGUGUGGGGGUCUUGGCUUUGACACCUGUGGGCAGGAGAUCACAGAGGCCACAGGGAGAUUUGAGUUUCACCUGUGGGGGAACUUCAGUACUUCCUAUAUCUUUCCUCUGCUUCUUACCUCAGGGAUGACCCUGGAAACCCCUGAUCAGUUUGGCUGGGAGAAUGACUACUCUUUCCUGAGGAAGAGUGGGCUGUCCUCUGGCCUGGUGACAGCAGCUCUGUAUGGGCGGCUGUAUGAGAGGGACUAGGGCAGUGUGGGGUGUGUGGCCCGGCACUUGCCCAGCCUGCAGCUCACAAGCACUGGGACUGUCUCUCCACCCCAGAGCCCAUCAUGGGAGCUGUGGGACAAAGUAGGAGAAGUCGAUUCCCCCAUGGCCUCUUCCUCUUUGAUGUGAACCAUUGAGUCUUUUCUGAUAGUCUCUGCUCACAUUUACUAUUUCCAAGCCACAUCUUCCUCUAGCAAAUCUCUCAUUCCACAACUGAUUUUAAGGGCAAAAACAAAAAUAAAUGUCAGUUUAUAUUUUA